AUGUGGUUUAGUUUCACCAUCCAUCCAUCAAUAUACUUUCCCGCACAACUUCCAGGGCUUUUAUGCGAUGGCAAAUAUUUGGUUCCUCGGCGCCCCGCACUGGCCCUGGUAGAGAAAUCGAAGAAGAUCUGGACUGCACCUAUCAUGCUUCGUGGCGUUUUACUUUGCUGGAUUUCUCUACUUGGAUAUGCUUAUAGUGACCGAGAUCCUUUUGACAUGUUUUCCGACACCGUUUCCUCCAAAUUAUCGCCAGCAGUAACCAGUGAACCUCAUGCGCCGAUAGCACUAUCCGAGCCAGUUCUUUCACCCAUUGCUGUAACAUCGGAACCAACACAUCCUGUCACUGUUUCCAGCGCUAUCACUGCAGCCGAACACUAUAAAGAAUUGCAUCGUGUGCUGGUUCGAAUUUUUUGGAAUCGAAUACAGUUUGCCGAAACUAUCGCCCCGAACGGCAAGCAAGCAAUUCGUUUGCAGCUGAUUGCCUCCCUCGCACCGGAUGAUCUGAUCAAGUUGAAGCGCUAUUGCAGCUUUAACGAAACUGUUGCCAAAUCCGUCUCACCGGACAUUAUUAACUCCCUUUUCUCGCGACUUUUCCAGUCGGUUUCCGAAGCACCGGAUGCCUCGGCAAGUUUGUUUCGGUGGCCGCACUGGCUUCAUCAAAAGAACAUCAUCGGUAUCGGCUUACUGCUCAUCGUCCUUCUCAUUAUGGUAACCUUUAUGGGUGUGAGACGUUUUCUCUGGCUCAUUGUACCAUCGCUUGUCAUUACAGGUGUGCUACUGCAAUCACUAAUCAAGAAGUACCAUGAACGCUUAGCGGAAAAGAUGUCUGUUUUGUCAAAGUAUCGUAAUCCCCCUGAAGAGUGUAAACCUCCGCACUUGCAAUCUUGGUUUCUGCGGUUCUCGAAAAAGUUUUCCUUGUCACCCUCACAUGAUGAAUGUGCGCUUUACUACGAGCACGUCGUUACUGACACCUGGGUGAACACGAACUUCCUGGAAGCCUUUUGGGAGGCCGUUUUAGUUCCAUGCGUUUCCUUUGGUAAGAUGUUCGGAAAAUCUCUAGGUUUGUUCUACGCCAACUUAGUCACACAUGUCCCUGUUAUCGUCGCGAUUCCAAUGUCUGUGCUUUGCUUCACCGUCCUCAUAAUCACCAUUUUUGCUUUUUGGCGGUUUUUGCCAUCCCAUCCCCGUAAAAAUAACCUUGUUAAUAAGCGAAAACACAAAAAAUGUCUUAAGACGCAGCCAGCACCAUCGAUGAUUACCUCAGAGUGACAUAUCGUUCUUAUUUCGGACGUGAUUGUCUUUCAUGUAUAUUUUUAUAUCCCAUAUGUAAUGUCUCCUAUCGUCUUGCGGGUGAGAGGAAAAUGAUACAUACACUUCAAACAUCGUGCCGUUUUGUGUUGACCAUGAAUCACUGUUCAUCUCUGAUUAUACUUGCACAUAAAUCUUCUCAUUCCUA